GGGGGGACGCCGCACUUUUUGUCCCGGAGAGGAGUCGGAGGCGGCUCAGUCGCCCAGCAUCGCCAUGAGGUCCGGUCGAUGCCCCCUGCUCCUCCUCCUCCUCUGGGCCGCCUUUGCCCUCUGGGCGCCUCUGCUCUCCGUCUGCAGCCUCUUCGAGGGCAGCUGCACCACCUUCCCCAACGACUCCAAGCGAUGCGGGGAACCCAAGCGCCGCUUCUUCUACAACGCCACCUCCAAGAGCUGUGAGCCUUUCGUUUACCACGGGUGCCCCGGGAAUCCCAACCGCUACCACACCAUCGAGGAAUGCCAGCGCUACUG